AUGCUUUCGCUGGUACGACCUCACCUUUCGCUCACGUUCUUUUUCUUCCUCUACAGUACUCACUUUUCACAUUCACGGCGACUUCCAGGAAUACAAUUCUCCACUCAUCCCCUCUUUUCCCCGCACACUCAUCCUUUAAGUACUGAGACUCCAUGCGCUUGCACCACCCGAACAUGCUCCCGACGAGCACAAGGACGUGGUCAGUGUAACAACCUCAGCUCCGGACUUGUACAAGAAAGAAGAUCCCCUCUUUUCGCCGACCUCUACACCGACCAGGGUUACACACAACAAUUCAAUUCGAUCUCAGCUUGCUUUUGCACUUCAGCGGACUAUGACCUACAGCGUCUCUACAAUAUCAACAUACGCAACAAUCUCCCUCACCACAUGAAUAAAUUCGCGAAUAUGUCGUUGACAGUCAAGCAUCUCAAUUCAGAUGCCUCGUUCCUCCUUACCUUUCAACCAGUCCCUUCAUUCCCUCCUCCACCUGGCCAGACACCAACCACCUUCACUGUCGUUCUCGAUCCCUGGCUGGCCGGCCCUUCAAAGUUCUUGCAUUCCAAGUUCUCGAUCUCAAGACACAAGGCCGAAUCAUGUAUUUCGUCCCUGAAUCAACUUUCCGAAAUCGAUCUCGUCGUUAUAUCCCAGGACAAGAGCGACCACUGCCACAAGGAGACCCUCACACAAUUACCCAGGAGUGGUGGAAAGACCCUCAUUCUGGCUGAACCGUCCGCUGCCAAAGUCAUCCGAAGCUGGAAGCACUUUGCUCCGGAGAAGGUUAUCACACUCCCCAAGUUCGAAGACCCUCGAUCUGGCAAGCCUUCAAACAUCUACCGAAUCCCAAUUCCUUCCACGUCGUCCAAUGGCCGCUCAGGCGAAGUCACAGUUACCUGCCUCGCGCAAAAGCCGGAUAUCACACGAGUCCAUACAGCCAUUGGCAUCACCUACCGACCUCCACACAAUAUCGAACCCUCCUUCGAGAUGACACCUCCCGCUACACCAAAGUCACAAAGUUUCUCAAGUACAUGUGAUGAUCAAGCACUGUCAGUUAUUCACGCACCACAUGGCUGCACAUACAAGACCGUCGAACGCUACGCUACAACCCAUCUCAUUGAGCAACAAGCGCUGCCUCUUACAGCUCUCCUUCACUGCUUCGAUCGCAUCCAGAACGUCUGGUACCUUGGAGGGAAUAUAUGUAGCGGUCUUCCAGGUGGUCAACGUAUCGCUCAAGGGCUCUGUGCUAAGGUCUGGAUCAGUGCUCAUGAUGGCGAGAAGGAACUCAAGGGCUUGGCCAACAAGAAGAUCGUGGUUCAGAAGUUCGAGCGCGAGGAGGUGGAAAGCGUGAUCAGACCUCGGUGUCCAAGAGUUUCCAGCAAGAGAUCCGGUACUCAAGCUGUCGUGCUGGCUGUCGGAGAAGACAUCCGCUUGUCGAACCACGUGAGCCUUGGUCCUGGAGAGGAUGAUGAGUCUGAGAAGAAAGUCAAGCUCAGCCGCCUUAUUGCCCAAGUCAAAGUCCCUCAACCCGAGCCGUCGCCUGUUGAUUCCGAACACAAAGUCAACGUCGACAGACUUCCUUGCCAUGUCCAAGUCCCUCAGCCAGAACCUUCCCCUGUGGAAUCGGAAAUGCGAUUGGACGCUAGCACGACACCCAUCGGCUACCCAAUCUCACCACCAGCAACAGUCCGCAGCAUGUGA